AAAUGACGCAGGUGUAAGAUGGCGGUGCAGGUGCAGGUGUGCUGUUUGGACCGGUUUCCGGCUCACCUGAGUCCUCUGGACGUGUUAAUCCUGCAGUCUGAGUUCGGCUCGGUGCUCCGGCAGGACUGCGACCCGCCGACCGUCCUCUUCACCCCGCAGCGGCCGCAGGGCCCCGCAGCACCGGGCCUUCUGCUGCGCGUCCACCCGACCACCGAGGAGGAGACCGGGGGCCGCGGAGGACCGGAGCCCGGGGGCCGCGGAGGACCGGAGCCCGGGGGCCGCGGGGUCCGGCUCUUCGUCAGCCGCCUCCUCCUGCGGCUCCACGGCAGCACCGGGACGGUCCGGGCUCUGGAGCCGGUGCCGCUGGACAGACUGGUGCUGGGAGCCCGCAGCCGGUGGAGCCUCCGCCGGGCCGAAGCGGAGCGGCUCACCGCGGCGCUGCUGGAGCUCUGCAGCCCGGGACAGUGGCUGCUGGCCCGGCGGGGAGAGCCGCUGCUGCUGCUGCCCCCCUCACCCGCCCCGGGACACGAACCGGGACAGCAGCUGCUGGCGGACCUGCUGGUUCUGGACUGCAGUCCCGUAACUCAGGGACGGAUCACGGCGGACACGUGUCUGGUGCUCACGGACUGCGGGGACCCGGUGGAGCCGCCGGCCGCCCCCCCGCCCCGCAGACCGCCGUCACUCUGCGUGUCAGACUUCGCUCAUUACGCCGACGGCCUCGGAGGGGGGCGCUCUCUGCUGGACAGCAGGAAGCUGCUGGGCUCGGGGUUCUGCGGCGUCCUGCAGGCUCUGGAGUGCCGGGUGGACGUGCGGGUGGAGGACCCCCGGCGGUGGCUCGGGGUCCGAGGUGGGCGGGGGGACGGCGUGGACGCGGACAGCUGUGUGUUUGUGAGCAAACAGCUGCUGCUCAGACUGGGGCUCUUCAACCAGGAGUGGGUGCAGCUGUGGCGGCCCGCGACGGGUCACGGCGAGGCGUGCACGCCGCGGCCGGUCCGCAUGCUUGUGACCGACUUCAGUCAGAGUCCAGACCUGCAGAACCACGACGAGACCGGAUUCAUAUCAGCAACUCUGUGGUUCAACAUGACAGAGGGAGACCUGAUCCCCCAAAACGGCUGCAGUCUGAGGAUUAAGAGGUGGAGAUCGUCUCCGUCUCCGUCGCCCUCCGCUCGUCACUCUGACAGCUUCUGCCGCUCGGCCUCACCGCCGUUCGCCGGCGAGCUUCACAUCCAGCCGGUCGUGUCUCCGCUUUACACCAACCUGAGCCGCUGUGACGACCUGCUGUCUGCACACUUCAGGACGCCCAGGCUGGUCUCACAGGGGGACGUCCUGACGUGUGUCUUUUUUGAAAAUCAUCCUGACCUGCUGGCGAACGCCUCAGAGGGUUUUUUCAGGUGUCCCGUGCUGUUUCCCAUCAGAGUGCAGAGCGUCUGUCCGUCUGCAGGGACGCAAGAAGAAGAAGGAGGAGGCGGAGCUUACCUGGCUGACAGACGGCACACCUGUCUCUACAUGGGAGCGUCCACCAGCAGCUCUGGACCCUGUGUCUCAGUGUGGACGGCGUCUCCUGCUGGUGUCUUUCAGACCGUGGAGCUGCUCAGCAGCAUCAUCCUGCCUCACCUGCAGCACAGCAGCUCGCUGUCCGGCUGCACCGUCCUCCUCCACGGCCGCGCUGAAGCGGCAAAAGUGACGGCGGUCAGAGCGGCGACCCGACGACUCAACCUGCACCUGCUCAAGGUGGACUGUGUGUGUGUGUGUGCUGACAAACUGCCUGCAGCCUCGGACGACCUGUGAAGCUGACCUCUGAGCGCGGCGUUCCAGCGGGCCGCCGCCCUGCAGCCCUGCGUUCUGCUGCUCAGGAACCUGCAGCUCCUGCUCGCCUGAGGAUUUGAGCGCGGAGGAACGGCCGAGUCCAGGCGGCGCUCUGAUAAGCUGCUCCACAGCGUCCCCCGCAGUGUGGCGGUGGUGGCGAGUUGCAGGCCUCGGCAGCUGUCCGCAGGCAUCGUGGCGGCGUUCGUCCACCAGGUGGCACUGGAGAGUCCCACGGAGGAGCAGCGACGCUCCAUGCUGGUCAGCCUGAGCCGAGACCUCCAGCUGGGGAGGGACGUCAACCUGGAGAGACUCUCCAAACUGUCUUUCCGCGACUCCCGAUCAGCACCGUUUUUUAGUGCUGAACCAGUGUGGAAAGACACAGACAAUGUACCAGUAAAGACAGCAGUUCCAGACCAGUACAGACCAGUACAGGCCAAUCAAAAACUGGUUUUGGGGGACCUGAGGGCUCUGCUGGUGGAGGCGGGUCGAGCUGCCUGCAGUUUGAGGCUGAUUGAGCUGAAUGUGCGCUGGGAGGACGUCGGCGGUCUGCAGCAGGUGAAGAAAGAGAUCCUGGACACGGUUCAGCUUCCUCUGCAGAGACCCGAGCUCCUGGCUCUGGGUCUGAACCGCACCGGAGUCCUGCUGUACGGACCGCCAGGGACCGGCAAGACCCUGCUGGCCAAGGCCGUCGCUACAGAGUGCUCCAUGACCUUCCUCAGUAUAAAAGGUCCGGAGCUCAUCAACAUGUACGUGGGUCAGAGCGAAGAGAACAUCAGAGAAGUGUUCUGCAGAGCGCGAUCAGCAGCUCCGUGUGUCGUCUUCUUUGAUGAGCUGGACUCUCUGGCGCCCAGCAGGGGGCGCAGUGGAGACUCUGGAGGUGUGAUGGACAGAGUCGUUUCUCAGCUGCUGGCCGAGCUCGACGCUCUGCACUCGUCCGUCGGGGUUUUUGUGAUCGGAGCAACAAAUCGUCCGGACCUGCUGGACCAAUCGCUGCUGAGGCCAGGCAGGUUCGAUAAACUCGUCUAUGUCGGAAUCAACGAGGACCGAGUCUCUCAGCUGCAGGUGCUCCAGGCCGUCCUCAGAAAGUUCCAGCUGGACGCCGCCGUGGACCUGCAGCAGGUGGUGGAGCGCUGCCCUGAUCACAUGACCGGCGCCGACCUGUACGCUCUCUGUUCGGACGCCAUGACAGCCGCCAUCAAGAGGAAGAUCGCUCUCAUCCGUGACGGUCUGGACUCGGAGGACUCUCCUGUGCUCAUCUCCGCUGAGGAUUUCUCUUCAGCGUUGGAAAACUUCAAGCCGUCUGUUUCAGACGAGGAGCUGCUGAGAUACAAAAACAUUCAACAGAGACUUUCUGCAAGUUAGAGACCGAUGAUGACGAUGGUGUUCGAUCCUGAACGCCGAUGACGGUCAAGUUUAAAAUUCUGUGAAUCUACACUGUAACAUACUGUUAAUGUAAAUAAUGUAAACAAGAGUUAAUUUAUAAAAUUAUGAAAUUAAAUUA